CUACACUAAUAGCGGCUGAGACUAUAUGGAAGUUCGAUUUCUGUUCGAUUUUGUCGCGGAGAAGUUUCAGUCGGUGCUAGCACUAUCUUUCAGUUUAGGAUGGCUGUCAAUCCGAGCACCUUAGAGUUUCAAAAGUACAAUCCUCCAUCAUCGAAAGAAAUUGAACGCAUAUCAAAGUGUCUGGGGUUCCAACUUAACGAAGAUGAGCUUCAUGUUUAUCAAGAACAAAUUGCUUCAUCUUUGUCGAGUUCAUACGAGCGACUUCGUGAGUUACCCGACCCAAAGCUGCCUGUCAAGUAUCCGCGUGACCCUGGAUAUCGUCCUGCAGCCAAUGAGAAUCCUUUUAAUGCCUGGUACUGGAAGUGCGAAGUGAAAGGUGCCAAGCAAGGGAAGCUCCAUGGUAGAACAGUAGUACUCAAGGAUAGCAUCUGCCUAGCAGGUGUACCGAUGAUGAUUGGAUCACGAGUCUUAGAAGGCUAUAUUCCAGAAAUGGACGCUUCUGUAGUGACAAGGGUGCUUGAUGCUGGUGGCACUAUAGUCGGUAAAGCAGUUUGUGAGGACUUGUGUUGGAGUGCUGCUAGUUAUACCUCAGCUACUGGUCCGGUUAGGAAUCCACAUGAUGAGACAAGGAUGACCGGUGGUUCUUCCUCAGGAUGCGCAGCUUUGUUAGCGGCGGGUUUGGUGGACAUGGCGAUUGGAGGAGAUCAAGGGGGUUCUAUAAGAAUCCCUGCAAGUCGUUGUGGUAUCGUAGGUCUUAAGCCAACUCACGGUUUAGUGCCCUAUACUGGAGCAUUCUCUUUAGAGCCAUCUAUCGAUCAUUUGGGACCGAUGGCAAGAACUGUGUACGACGUUGCGCUUCUACUCGAGGUAAUCGCAGGGUAUGAUGGCGGCAGAGACGCAAGACAGUCGUUACAAGUCGAUCAAGACAUUUGUUACACUGAAAAGCUCAAAGAUGGCAUUUCUGGUCUCCGCGUUGGUAUUUUGAAAGAGGGUUUUGAGCACAAAAAAUUGGAGCACGAUGUAGACGACAUGGUAAGACAAGCAGCCCAACAACUAGCACUUCUAACAGGUGUUCCAAUGAAAGAAAUCUCUGUGCCAAUGCACAAAGACGGUGUAGCUAUUUCUACAGCAAUCUCUGAUUUUGGAAUUUGGAAAUCUCUUUUUAAUGGGAAAUGCAUUGGUACAAGUGACAAAAGCUAUCAAAUUACAUCCCUCCACCAAGCCUUGCAGAAAGGCAUAAAAGCUAGAGCAAAUGAAAUGAGUGAAGACGCCAAGUUGACGGCCAUUACAGGAAAAUACUUACACGAUCAAGGCCAAUAUCUUCUACUUAGUAAGGCAAGGAACUUGGGAAGAAUGUUAGAGGAAGAGUACGACGAGGCACUACAAAACGUUGAUGUCCUCGUUCUGCCUACUACACCAAUGAAGGCCAAGCCUAUUCCACCCUCCACUUCUACACUAAGAGAUCGAUUAAAUUUACUGAAAGAACAUUCUGGGAACUGCCCAUUUAACAUCACCGGCCAUCCUGCCGUGUCAAUACCAGUCGGACUGUCCCAGGGACUUCCCGUUGGAAUGCUCGUCGUUGGGAGAAAAUUCGACGAAAGCACUAUCCUUAGAGUGGCGUACGCUUUAGAAAAAACUAGGGUUGGGUCAAUUGAGCCAAGGAAAUAGCGCAGCGCAGCCGUGACGUCAUAAAAACGAAGUCGAAAUUCGGACAAACAAACUUACAAGUUUACUUUCAGCAGAUAAUUUUCACAGCCGAUCGCAGUUGAUCUUAGUUUACAUGGGUUAUU